AAGGGAGGCGGGAAGAUCCGUCUUCUCCGGCCGCUCCACCCAAUUCGUCGUCCUCCCGGCCGCCUCCCUCCUCGCGCUCCCGAGAUCUGAACAUGAGCGACGCGACCACGGCCCCCACCGCCGACGCUGCCGCGCACAGCAAGCAGGCGCCGUCGUCCGCCCCGUCGUCGCUGGAGACGACGAUGGCAAGCAUCCGACGGGGCGGCGGCAGCUCCGUGGCCGCCACCAUGAGCCAGCAGGCAUCGCAGCAGCAGCAGCAGCCGUCGCGGCUGGACGACGACCAGCUGGCGGAGCUGCGGGAGAUCUUCCGGUCCUUCGACCGCAACGCCGACGGCAGCCUGACGCAGCUGGAGCUGGGGUCCCUGCUCCGGUCGCUGGGCCUGACGCCCAGCGCCGACCAGCUGGACGCGCUCAUCACCCGCGCCGACACCAACUCCAACGGCCUCGUCGAGUUCUCCGAGUUCGUCGCGCUCGUCGCCCCCGACCUCCUCGCCGACCGGUCCCCGUACUCCGAGGACCAGCUCCGCAAGCUCUUCGCCAUCUUCGACCGCGAUGGGAACGGGUUCAUCACCGCCGCCGAGCUCGCGCACUCCAUGGCCAGGCUCGGCCACGCGCUCACCGUCAAGGAGCUCACCGGGAUGAUCAAGGAGGCGGACACCGACGGCGACGGCCGGAUCAACUUCCAGGAGUUCUCGCGCGCCAUCACCGCCGCCGCAUUUGACAACAUCUUAUACUGACCGACCGACGGAUCGAUAGCUUGACAGCCACAACCUGGAUCGAUUUUGUCGAUCGUUCGUCGAUUCAGUUCUUGUUGGUCAUUCCCAGUUUUCACUUUGUUCGUCUUCUUUUUGUGGGGGAGAUUAAUUGAGACUAAUUUAGGAAGCUAUAGAUGAGGUGAGGCGUUCUUGUGAAUAACAGAUGAUCAAACAAAAAAGGAAUCAAUUUAGGGACAAAUUACAUGCA